GGCACUUAUUGGAGACAAGGGACUCCUGCCCUGCAAGCUGUAUUUGGAGAAUGUCAAGCGCUAUUUCAAGGGGAAGAUGAACUUGGAUGCCUUGAGCUAUGCGCCAACUCUCAUCUGGUUCUUGGAUUGGUCCAGCAUGGACAGCAUCUUGGACAGCUUUGCUCUGACCGGCCUCGCAAUAUCAGCUUUUGUCCUGGUCACCGGUUGUGCAAACAUGAUUCUUAUGGCUGCUCUGUGGAUACUCUACCUCUCACUAAUUAAUGUGGGACAGAUCUGGUACUCCUUUGGGUGGGAAUCUCAGCUUCUGGAAACAGGCUUUUUAGGAAUAUUCCUCUGCCCCUUGUGGACGCUUUCCCAGUUGCCCCAAAACACGCCUCCUUCCCGUAUUGUCAUCUGGGGCUAUCGGUGGCUUAUUUUCAGAAUCAUGCUUGGAGCGACCCAGCCUGUGCCCAACCCAGUUGCCUACUACAUGCACCGGUCGCCAUGGUGGUUCCAUCAAUGCGAGACGGUCUUCAACCACUUCAUUGAGCUGGCCGUGCCCUUUCUCCUCUUCCUCGGGCGACGCAUGUGCAUCCUUCAUGGCAUCCUGCAGAUUCUCUUCCAGGUGCUGAUCAUCAUCAGUGGGAACCUGAGCUUCCUUAACUGGUUAACGAUCGUGCCCAGCCUCGCAUGCUUUGAUGAUGCCUCCUUGGGAUUCCUUUUCAGCUCCCAAAAAACACGUGCGAAGGCCCAAGUCCUGGAGAUACAAGCCAAAGAGGCAACGGGGAAAGUCACUCCUGUGGGAUAUGGCUCCUGCAUCCGCAAGGUGGUCAACCUGUCGCUCGGGCUUCUGGUUGCCUUCCUCAGCAUCCCGGUGGUGAUCAAUCUGCUUAGUUCUCAGCAAGUCAUGAACACCUCCUUCAACCCGCUCAGGAUAGUCAACACUUACGGAGCAUUCGGAAGCAUCACCAAGGAAAGAACUGAAGUCAUCCUUCAAGGUACAUCCAGCCUGGACCCAGAUGACCCUGCUGCCCUCUGGGAAGAGUAUGAGUUCAAGUGCAAGCCCGGGGACCUGCGAAGGAGGCCCUGCCUCAUCAGUCCAUACCACUACCGCCUGGACUGGCUCAUGUGGUUUGCAGCCUUCCAGACCUACGAGCAAAAUGAGUGGAUAAUCCACUUAGCCGGAAAGCUUUUGGCCAACGAGAAGGGCAUCUUGUCUCUAAUGGCCUCCAACCCGUUUGAGGGCAAAGCACCGCCAAGGUGGAUCCGCGGAGAGCACUUCAGGUACAAAUUUAGCAGACCCGGAGGGACACAUGCCAAAGAUGGGAAGUGGUGGAUUAGGAAGAGGAUUGGGCCAUAUUUCCCACCAGUCAAUCUUGAGGGCCUGAGGAAGUUUUUUGAGGCUCGACGGUGGCCCCACCCAGCGCUGAACUGACAAGUGGAAGGGGACCGCCUCACCUUUGGCGGUCCUUUCCAAGCCUCUUUAAUUUUCAGCAGUUUACAAUAAAGUACA